GACUUUAGGUAAGCAUCUUACGAUAAUAGAAGCAAAGCAGAAAAAGCCAGAAGCCAACAUUUUUGUUUUCCAUUCCAAAGCAUAAAAAGGCCUAAGAGGACAGAAAGAGAAAAAAAGGACUUAGGCAAAAUGACUACUCCUAAGCAAAUGGAGCAGCAGCAAAUUGUAAAGGUGAAAAACUCAGGGAUGUUAAACUACAAUGGGAGCCCGAUGAUCGAUGACAGGGAUGAAGAGAUGACACGAUCAGCAUUGACCGCGUUUCGCGCGAAGGAAGAGGAGAUCGAGAGGAAGAGAAAAGAAGUAUCUGAUAAGGUUCAAGCUCAAUUAGGACGCGUUGAGGACGAAACUAAGCGUUUAGCUGAAAUUCGCGAGAAGCUUGAAACAUUUGUUGAUCCAGCUGGGAAGGAAGUUACAACUGUGAGGAAGAAGAUUGACUUAGUAAAUCGUGAAUUAAAGCCGUUGGGACAGAGCUGCCAGAGAAAGGAAAAGGAAUACAAGGAAGCCCUUGAUGCAUUCAAUGCAAAAAGCAAGGAAAAAGCUCAACUGAUUACCAAAUUAAUGGAGUUGGUAAGUGAAAGUGAAACACUGAGGAUGAAGAAAUUGGAGGAGCUGAGCAAGCAUUUAGAAUCCCUCCGCUAAUUCUACUUUAUAACCAAGAAUAGAAACCGUCACAUUGGACUUUUAGUUUGUUACAUUUUGAUAUUUGUUACUUUUUUAAUCUCACUGGUUUUUUUUUUUUUUUUUUUUGGUUUUGAGUUUGACAAGUCAAGUCUAAUUUCACAUCCUUAAAAGGAUCAACGAUGUUGGUAUUUCUUUGAGUUUUCAGAUGUAAAUUGUGGAGAUGUGUAUUUGUAUUCACGAAUUUCACUAUAUUGAACUGAUAUUUUUCAA